AUGGCCACCGAACAACCCAUUACAUCCGCUCUGGUGGUCGGUGGCUGUGGCUCUCUAGGCCGACAAGUAGUCAAACAACUGCUUGCUCUUGCACCAACAGUGCAAGUCUCUGUGUUUGAUUUGAGACUACCCAAUACUGAGACCCGCGCGCUCACGGUCGAAUAUCAUGAAGUCGAUAUCACAUCGCGGGACCAGGUCAAUGCCGCUCUCCACAAAGUUCAGCCCCAAGUUAUCUUCCAUACAGCCUCCCCUCUGCCUACCCUUCUCGACCUCCCUCUCUACUUGCGAGUCAACGUUGAGGGAACGCGCAACCUGCUGGAAUCUGCCAAGGAAGCGGGAACGAAAGCCUUUGUCUAUACAUCAAGCGCUUCAGUUGUCCAUGAUUCAGUCAGCGAUCUAAUUGAGGGUGAUGACUCCUUGCCUCUUUUGUACAUGCCCCAACAGAGAGAAAUCUACUCUCAUAGCAAGGCCCUUGCAGACCAGCUAGUACUGGAUAGCAACAGCAGCACCAUGUUAACCACCUCCAUCCGACCCUCGGGAAUAUUCGGCGAGAAUGACGAUGGAACGACCAAAUCUAUGGUCGAGAACGCAGCUGCUGGGAAACUAAGAUUCACAAUUGGCAACGGUAAGAAUCUAUUUGACUUCACCUUCAACGAGAAUGUUGUCCACGCCCAUAUUCUCGCUGCACAAGCCCUACUAAGGAGCCAUGUGACUCCACCACCGGCGGAUCUGCGCGUUGCGGGGGAAGGAUUCCUCAUCACGAAUGAUGAGCAUAUACCCUUCUGGGAUUUUGCUCGUGCAAUUGGUGCUGCAGCAGGCUAUCAGACCAGACCCGAAGAUAUUCGUCAGAUACCCAAGAUCGUUGGGAUCGUUAUGGCUGUUAUCGCAGAGUGGGUGGUUUGGGCGACGUCUCUCGGGCGCAAGAAGUCGAGGAUGAAUGUAGUGGGUAUUCGAUACAGUUGCAUGACUCGAACAUACAGCAUUGAUAAGGCUAAGAAAGUACUGGGAUACAAGCCACUCGUUAACCUGACAGAGGCCAUUUUGCGGAGUGGGGGGUACUUCAACAAAGAUGCAAAGAAGGCUGUAUAA